GUUGCUCUGUCUGCAUGAUUGUCAUGCUGUCUUCAUUGUAUUUCUCUCUUUCUCUCUUACUUUUGCUGUUACUUUGUCUCUUUAUUCCGUCUCUCUGUCUGUCCAUCUGUCGUUAUGGCUGACGGAAACAGCGGAGGACAAAGGUCAAGUCUAUGUCCUGAUUUCGAGGAUUGACAGGAAACCACAACAUUUAUUGCUCUAUAGACUCCGCCAAUGGGACUUCAUUCUCACAACUUGCCAAGUACUUCCCAUUCUAAAGUCUUCUCCUCCCUUUUCGUUAUCAUUUUAGUUCCUACAUCAUCACCCUGGAUUGUUCUUCAUGCACUUGCCAAGCAGUAUUCUUCGUCAUCCUCAGUUGUUUCGAUCAUAUAUCCACAGGCCAGCAUUCCUGGAGAUGUCCCCGGUGUUGUUUGUGGGGUGGGCAGCCACACUUUUCCCUUUGGUCAUUCGCGGGGCGGCUCUGCCAGAAAGAAGUGACAUCGCCACGAGACUGGAGGCGAAGAUAAAGCAACUGGAGGCCAGACUGUCGGAAGUGGAAGAUAAAUAUGGCAAUGGACUAACUGACAAAGUUGAUUACGGAGAUUUCAUCCAGCAAGACGGUUGGGUCUUGGUGUUUCGCGCCACAUCGGGUUUGGGAUCACCAGUAUACAACGCAUGGAUGCGCUCUGGUUACCAUGACGACUACACCUACACCCGCGCCACUAUGCCAUGCGGGUGCACGAGUACCAACGGGUCAUGUGACCGUCACUACCGCAGUCGUCUGCUGGACUCCUGGCCCUCCUCAGCCCUGGAUAAGGUGAAGCUGGCUGUGUAUGAAGGUGGGGUGGAGAAGGCCUACAUGAUCUUCACCGGCCUCGGCAGCAACUACAUCAACUGGUUCUCGGCGGACAGACUCGUAGAGUCUUCAUGGAAGGACCUGAAGUCGUCUGCUCACAACUACUUCAGUAUCUUAGGGUGGAGCUCUGGCACUGACCAGCGAAAUUUCUAUGUCAACCGGGGUCAUGGCGGAUGCCCUGUUGACAUUGGGUGGCUGAGUAUCAAGGACUCUGGUAACCAUUGUCCGUGGGAGACUUCACAUCAAAUUCCUGCUUUUGUUUACUCGAAAUCCGAGACAAUGAUUAACUGGCAGGGCGCCGGUCACGUGCGUGGAUUUGCUGACGUCAUGGCUGUGUGGGUCAAGUUCCGACCCUCAGUAAAUCUCGGUCAGGCGUGUAUGGGGUGACGUGGAGCUGUGGGAUCAGUACACAAUACAGAGGCUGUUGGCUUGUCUCUGCUGUACAAAACAUGAUACAGCAGCGUGUGUUAACCAGACUUCAAGGAUGAAUAAACUGAAAGACAUCCUCAUGUCUUCUGUCACAGCUGCAGACUAAAGUUGCA